CAGUUUGUCCAGAGCAGGGUUCAUUACGAGACUACUGAGUGUUUGCUGUGCAGCGCUGCAGGGGAUCACGAUGGAGAAAGUGCUUGUGCUCCCACUGUUUCUCCUCCUUUCAGCAUUAACAGGUGUGUGUCCCCGGAGCCCCACAGAGAUUUAUGUGAAAGCUGGUGAGAUGGUGGCGCUGUACUGCCCCCUGAAUGGAGAGGAUAAUCACCGUGAUGCUGAGCUGAUCUGGACCAGUCCCACCAGCCAGGAGAUGGAUCAGACCCCCAACAUGUCGUCAGCUGAGCAGAGGCACAGGGACCUGCUGGUUCAUGGGAAGAGCCUGGUGAUUCUCAACGCCACUGCAAACCAUCAGGGGAAUUACUCAUGCUCUCUGGGCAAUACCAGCAGCCAGCUUUGGUUCAGACUGAGAGUUUGUACAAAACAGUCCAGAGGGUGCGAGCAGAGGAGCCAUUACCCUAAGACAUGUCACUCACAAGAGGCCUGCCCAUUGGAUUGUCCUGAUGUAAACACACCAGCUGCAAUCACCCUCAACAUUACCAGCAAUGGCGUUAUAUGGUACAGGGAAGGCGAGUCAUCGCCAAAAGCCAGUAACUUCUCAAGUGUUGAAGAGAAGAACCAUGGUGUCUACACCUGUACCAGAUCUUACCUGUAUUAUGGUAAAAUAUAUAACAUGACCUUUACAGUGGUGCUUGAUAUCCAACCAAAGGAAAAACGUCGACUUCCUCCAGCGAUCAUAUCACCACAAAGUGGUGUAAUUCAUGUAAAUUUGGGCUCUCCAAAGGUGAUUGAUUGUAAAGCUCGCAUGUAUUCGGACUUUGAUGAGGUGUUCUGGUUUAGCAGUGAUUCAUUUGUGGAAACAAACAGCAGCUUUCCCGUUUUCUACAAUUAUACAAAGGAAAUAAAUGGUACAGAGAGAAAUAUAACGGCAUCUCUAGUUUUCAAAAAGGUGUCGGAUGAGGAUCUAUUAAAAAAUUACACCUGUAAACUGCAAACUGUUAAUGGACGCUCAACAAGUGUCACCAUCAGCUUGUCCCAAAAACGUAUGUAAGACGGACGGAUAGAUAUAAAUCAUGUCAUAUCC